UUUAUAAAAAUUUAAUUGAGGUUGUUAAUAUUAUUUUAUAUUUCAGAUCUUAGAUGGUGAAGUUAUAACUAGCAUGAGAACUGCUGCUGCAUCAGCAGUAGCUACCAAGUAUCUAGCAUCAAAAGAAUCAAAACAUCUAGCAAUAUUAGGAGCUGGAACUCAAGCCCGCAGUCAUUAUCAGGCUUUAUGCCACAUUUAUAAUUUUGAAAAGAUAUUUAUUUGGAAUAUUAAUGCUGAAAAUGCUAUAAAGCUUAGAGAUGAGAUACAAGAUACUGGAAAACAAUGUAUUGCUUGUCACACUGUUAAAGAUGCUGUUGAAACUGCAGAUAUCAUUGUUACUGCAACCAUGGCACAAAAGCCUAUAUUAAAAAAGGAAUGGGUCAAAAUGGGAGCACAUAUAAAUGGUAAAUCAUUUUAA